AUGGACGAGACCGUCCUCCCCGACGUCGUCGACGAUGCCGUCGCCGCCUCGACCUCCGCCUCCUCCUCCUCCUCCUCGUCGACCUUUGUUCCGCCCUCGGUCCACCACGAGCCUCUCCUGACAGGCGCCUCGUUUACGCACUUUUCGCCCAUCCCGCCGUCCCUCCUCCCCUCCCCCGACAACGGCAACAACGACGACAAUAGCAACAACGACGGAACCAGAAGCAACACCGCGCCGCCGUGCGCCCUCGGCGUCGACGAAGCCGGCCGCGGCCCCGUCCUCGGCCCCAUGGUCUACGGCGUCUUCUUCCUCCCGCUCCCGCUCUCCGACCCGCUCCUCCGCACCGCCCACCACUUCGACGACUCCAAGGUCCUCACCCCCGCCGUGCGCUCCGACCUGAUGCGCGCGCUGUGCACCCCCGGCACCGACCUGCACGCCUCCUGCGGCUGGGCCACGGCCUCCCUCUCCGCGCGCGACAUCGCCGCCGGCAUGCUCCGCCCCGCGCACUCGGCCGCCGUAUAUAACCUCAACGCCCAGGCCAUGGACGCCACCGUCGAGCUCAUCAAGGGUGUCUACGCCCGCGGCGUCAACGUCCAGGAGAUUUACGUCGACACCGUCGGCCAGCCCGCCGCCUAUCAGGCCAAGCUCCAGCGCGUGUUUCCCACCGCCCGCAUCACCGUCGCGAAAAAGGCAGACAGCUUGUAUCCCUGCGUGAGCGCCGCGUCCGUCUGCGCAAAGGUCACCCGCGAUGCCGCCCUCGAGGAGCUCUACAAGGCGAGGGGCAGUGGCGACAGUGGCGAUGGCGACGGUGACGGCCAUGCGGCCAUGGCGUGGGGCUCGGGCUACCCCUCGGACGCGCGCUGCGUCAGCUGGAUGAAGGGCAAUAUGCACCCGGUUUUCGGCUGGGGGCCCGAGUGCCGCUUCAGUUGGGGCACCGCAAAGGACAUGCUCGAGGCCAAGGGCGCUGGCGUCCGCGUCGAGUGGCCCCUCGACGACGAUGGCGAGACGAGUCGCCUGACCGACUUCUUCACCGCGGGGCCGGCAGACAAGGACGCCAGCGAGCUGGGGACGUGGUAUGGCGCGCCGGCGGGCCUCGAGGCAUUCUAG